UGGAGUUGUGGCAACGAUUAGCAAGAGUUGAUUCGGGUCAGCGCCGACAGUGAGGCUGAGAAGAAGUCGAAGAUGGUGAAAUUUCUGAAGUCUAACAAGGCCGUCAUCAUCUUGCAUGACUUCUUCGUCAUGCAGAAGGCCAUGAUCAUUCGAGCCUUCGAUGGCGACACUCGGGAGCGGCCCUAUGGCCGCUGCCUGGUGGCCGACAACGCCAAGUACCCCAAAAAGUUCAUCCACAAGGACUUUGCAAAGAAGAAAGCCAAGAAGUCGCGGGUGAAGCCGUUCCUGAAGCUGGUGAACUACAACCACAUCAUGCCCACCCACUACACCCUCAACGUGGAUCUGAAGGACAUUGUCACCCUCGACGUACUCCAGACUCGGGACAAGAAGGUCGCUGCUUCCAAGGAGGUGAAGGCCCACUUCGAGGAGCGAUUCAAGACCGGAAAGAACAAAUGGUUCUUCACCAAGCUUAGGUUUUAAUCUAAACAACGCCUUUUGCUCCUAUUUGU